AUGUCUGGUAAUAACUGUACUUUUGUGACUGAAUUCAUUAUUUUGGGCUUAACAGAUGAUCCAACCAUAUGUGUCAUCCUCUCUGUGAUAUUUCUAAGUGUGUAUACUAUCACCUUAGUUGGUAACUUUAGUAUAAUCAUAUUGAUCAGAAAUAGCCCCCUACUUGAUAUUCCAAUGUACAUAUUCCUCAGCCACUUGGCAUUUGUAGAUAUUGGAUUUUCCUCAUCUGUCACACCUCUCAUGCUCAUGAAUUACCUUGUUGGCAAAACCUCAAUCCCUCUUGGAGGCUGUGUGGCCGAAAUGUGUUCUACAGCCAUCUUUGGGACUACUGAAUGUUUUCUGUUGGCUGUGAUGGCCUAUGAUCGGUAUGUGGCCAUUUGUAGUCCCCUACUUUACUCCACCAACAUGUCUUCUAUGGUCUGUACUCUGUUACUCAUCACUUCCUACCUAGGUGGUUGUAUAAAUGCUUGGAUCUUCACUGGUUGCAUUUUGAAUCGGUCUUUUUGUGGACCAAAUAAAAUCAAUCAUUUUUUCUGUGAUUAUUCACCACUUUUGAGGCUUUCUUCCUACCAAGAUGAUCUUGCUGAAAUUCUUCCUGCUGCCUCUGCUGGGUCAGUAAUGGUGACUACAUUGUUAAUUAUCAUAAUCUCUUAUGUAUAUAUCCUCUUCUCUGUUCUGAAGAUAAACUCCACGGAAGGGAGAUCCAAAGCCUUCUCAACUUGCACCUCCCACCUAACAGCUGUCACUUUAUUCUAUGGGACCAGUAUAUUCAUUUAUAUGAUGCCUCAAUCUACCUAUACAACAGAUCAGAAUAAAGUGGUGUCUGUUUUCUACACUGUAAUGAUCCCCAUGUUGAACCCCCUGAUCUAUAGUCUAAGGAACAAUGAAGUAAAAGGGGCCUUGAGAAAACUGAUGAAUAGGAAACACCUUUUUUCAUAA